AUGAAUUCUCUCUUCACAUUCUUCACCGCUCUCUACACUCUCUCACUCCUCUACUUCCCCUCUCUCUUCUCCCGCUUCCUUCUCUCUCCCGUCGCACUCUCCACUUUUGCUCUGUUGCUCUAUCUCCUCCGCCUCGGCGCCGCGCAGAGAUCUACAAUCAAUCGAAUCGAAUCCGAUCUCGUCGAAUCAGAUUGCACGCCGCAAAUUGAAGAAUUCCGCGAGGUCGAAUUCGACGAAUUAGGGGAAUUACAAUGCCGGAGCUACGGAUCCGAUUUGAAGCAGGAUCCGCGGCAAUUGUACGUGGAGUGGGACGUCCGAGCGCCGCUGGAGGUUAUACACGAGGAAUACGAAGGAGAGGACGCCGCCGAUGAUAAAUCGGAGGAGAAGCGGGAGGCGGAGAUGAAUUCGAUUCGGCGGUACGCGUCGCUGUCGCUGAUUUACCCGGAGUCCGACAGCGGCGACGAAUCGUCGUCGGAGGGUGAGUCGCCGGAGAGCGCGUGGUUCCGGUGGGAGGUGGAGGAGGAGGAUAGGGAGGGGUUGAUUGAGAUCGCGUUGGAUGAGAAGAGGAGCAGCUGUGGCUGCGAGGUGGAGGAGGAUAACUUGAUCGAGAUCGAUUUGUCGCCGGAAAGAUGA